GACGUCAGUAACGAACAUAACCUAACACCUGUCAGUUCGUGUAAAACCAUCAUAACAAUCAAUUGUGGUGUUUACAAUGGAAAAAAGCGAUUUAAAUAAGAGAACCAGCUAUAGGGCGAUGAAAUUGGAGCACGAUCUGCAAAAUUUAACGAUUUCCAGCGAUAACAACACGCCUAGAAACAUUUUAGAGAUGAAUAACGAAAACCUGGUUUUUCAACAGAACGAUCUGUUUUUUUACGCUUUUCCUUGUAUGGAAGAGAUAAGGAGACAAGGGAAAUUGUGCGAUGUGGUUUUAAAGGUUGAUGGUCAACACUUUUCAGCCCACAAAAUAGUUUUAGCUUCGACUAUUCCGUAUUUUUUCGCCAUGUUUACGAACGAUAUGAUAGAAUCGCGUAAUAAAGAGAUAGAGUUGAGCUGUAUAGAUGCUACUGCUUUGGAAGCUUUAAUUAAUUUUGCAUACUCAGGAAGGGUUAUUUUGGAUAAAAAUAACGUACAAAGCAUUAUGAUAGGUGCUUCUUAUUUGCAGUUAAACAAGGUUAGAGAUGCUUGUGCAAACUACUUAUUACAAAGGAUUCACCCGCAAAACGCGUUGGGUUUCAAACACUUCGCCGAAUCUCUGGGCUGCCCAACUCUGGCAGACUCGGCGGAAAAAUACAUCGAAUCGUAUUUCCACGAAGUUUCCCAACACGAAGAGUACCUCAACUUAACCAUAGCCGAAAUCAAAGAUUUGCUGAACAAAAACAACCUCAGAGUGGACAGCGAAGAGCAUAUUUUUGAGGCUUGCAUGCGGUGGGUGAAGCACCAGGAAAAUCGCAAGGAGUAUUUGCCGCAGCUGCUAUCGUUGGUGCGGCUGCCUCUGUUAAGUCCCGUUUUCAUCACCGACCGAGUCGGGACCGAGGAUUUAAUAAGGUACUCCUUGCAAUGCAGGGACCUGGUGGACGAGGCUCUGACCUUUCAUUUGAUUCCCGAGAGGCGGAGCUUGAUGCAGAGCUUCAGGACCGAGCACAGAGUUUGUGAUGUCAAAGGAUACAUCUUUGUGGUGGGCGGUCUAAACAAACACGGCGACUCUCUGUCGACCGUGGAGUACUACGAUCCGAAGACGAACCAGUGGAACAUGGCGCCCCCUAUGUCGAUGAUGCGCAGUAGGUUGGGCGUGGCCGUUUUGGAGAGCAAGUUGUACGCGUUCGGGGGCUACAACGGCAAAGAUCGGUUGGCUAGCGUGGAGGUGUACGACGCGAUCAAAAAGGAAUGGGCGAUGGUGUCCCCAAUGCAAUGCAAAAGAAGCGCUUUGGGUGCGACUGCGCACGGCGACAUGAUUUACGUUUGCGGGGGCUAUGACGGGGUCACAUCUUUAAAGUCCGUGGAAAGAUAUCACCCCAGCACGAACUCUUGGAGUUCGCUGGCGCCAAUGAAUAAAUCUAGGAGCGCCGGAGCUGUCAUAGCUUGUCUAGGUUACAUUUACGCUUUGGGGGGCCACGACGGAUUGUCCAUAUUCGAUUCAGUCGAACGAUACGAUCCGAACACGAAUUCGUGGUCGGAAGCGCCACCUAUGCUGACUAAGAGAUGCCGUCUAGGUGUGGCCAUGUUGGGUGGCAAACUGUAUGCCUGUGGGGGUUACGAUGGCAGUACUUUUUUGCAAACAGUCGAGGUUUAUAAUCCGCAAACCAAUAAGUGGAGCUACGUGGCUUCGAUGAACGCUAACCGUAGCCGCGUAGCCUUGACGGCCAACAUGGGUAAGUUGUGGGCCGUAGGCGGUUACGACGGCAUCUCGAACCUCGUGACCGUCGAAGUCUACGACCCCAAAGCCGAUAAGUGGACUUACGUGGCGGAUAUGAUCGCGCACGAGGGCGGGGUCGGUUUGGGGGUCAUUUCGCAUAUCCCCUAAACGGCCGAAAGUGUCGCCAACUUAAAAAAAAAUUGGCAAAAAAUACUAAUUUACUUCUAGAGAUAAAUUUGAUUUUUACUUUACCGUUGAAUGCAAACGGUCAAAGUCCAGAUUAAAUUAAAUUAAAAAUAUAUUACAGGGUGUUAUACUUUCAGAAUAUUUUUUUUUUAUUUUACUAAUCAGCCAUUCCACGCUACUCGGGAAUUUUUGUAGCGUCCGUUACAAUCAAAAAUUGUGAGUAAAAGCUACCGUAAUUAAAUUAAAUACUGUUACAAUAGUUAAUAUUGCACACAUGUU